AUGGACACCUGGUUGGCCUAUGUGCCAAGUGGAUCCUGGGAUCCCCGCCUCGUGGCCACUUGGAUCCUUGUAGCGUUCUUGGUGUUCAUUCUGGUUACUGCAUUUGCGCUGGUGUUUACAUCUCGCCAAUGGGCUAAUGAUGGUGUCCCGUUCGUAACGGGGAAAGGUCCACUAUCAAUUCUAUAUCAACACUAUCGCUUCGUGAUAAAUGGACCAGACCUGAUUAGACAAGGCUACUCCAGGUUCUCUGAUGGGCUCUUCGAAAUCCCUCGGACGUUUCGGCCCGGUCAAGUCAUUCUAUGCAAGCCUGAGCUUAUUGAAGAACUAAGGAAUUCAUGGAGUUCGGUUGCUUCUCCUGAACCAUGGAUCGAUCAAUUGCUUCAGAUCUCCCAUGUGAUGCCUGGUUAUUUCCCCAAGGGCGGUGGCUGGCCUGCUAUUGCGAAGACGACACCCGGUGUUAUCCGGGGAACGGUAUACAAGCAGUUGGAGCGGUAUGUGCCUUCUAUGAACGACGCCAUUAUUUCUCAAUUGCAGAAAGUGAAUUUAGAAGACGGCGAAUGUACUGUGAACUGCUUUGACUUUGCCUAUUCAGUCGUAGUGCGCAGUGGUAGCUUCGCUAUGGUUGGCGAGCGGUUGUCUCAGAAUGAGGAAUACCUGAAGGCCGUCAAGGAUCAUAUCCUAGGGAUGAUCAUGACUACUCGCGUUCAAUUCUUGAUUCCAGAUUGUCUUAAAAAGUACAUUGGGGGCUUCAUCAGCACAUUGGCUACAUUAGGCACACGCUGGAACAUGAAAUCCUCACGCAAGAUAUUAUUAAAGCACUUCGAUGCAAGGGCAGCCGAAUACAAAAUUGAAAUCGCCAAAGGUUCCAGCGUGGACAGUAAGCAGGGUAAUUCCGAUACUUUGGAAAAGCCGGUUGAGAUCUUCAAAUGGCUAUACGAAAGCUCCAUUGUUCGCCAGCGAUGGAGUUACUCCGAAGUAAUUGGAGAAAUGCUCCUGCUCCAAUUCGCAUUCAUCUAUACAACUGCCUAUGGUCUAUACGGCGCACUUGCCGAACUCUCUCGAAGACCAGAGUACAUCUCCGCUCUCCGCGCAGAAGCGGAAACCAUACUUUCUGAAAUGGGCACCAGCGUCGCAGCCUGCAACCGCAUGGUGCUAAUGGACAGUUUUCUAAAGGAGUGCCAACGCCUGCAUCCUCCUGCAGCCGGUAUUGUCUUAAAGCCCGGAACGCACGUCGGUGUCCCGAGCGGCUGGAUCCAGCGGUCAAGCAAAUCAUACACAGACCCAGAGAUCUUUGAUGGGUACCGAUUCGUAAAGAAAGCCGCAGCUGGAUCCCAAGACACCAGCCUCGUCGACCUAAGCCCCGACUACCUAGUCUUCGGAAUGGGCGUACAUGCCUGUCCCGGCCGGUGGAUGGCGAGUGCACUAAUGAAGUUGGUCUUUGCUCAUCUUAUCAAGCAAUUUGAUAUUCUGCCUGAUUCAGCGACUGCACCAUUGACUGGCUCCUUGUCUUUCGAGGAGUUCUAUGUGCCAAAUUUUGGGCUGAAAUUGCGGUUGCGACGUAGAGAGUCAGAGAAAUAG